CAACUUUCCUAGGCCAAAAAAGAAGUUACCCCAAACAAUUAAAAGCAGCCCAGCCUACGUUUACGAACGACCGAGUUUCCCACAUUGCAUUUUAUCCAAAUUCUCCAACAUCAUCCCCCUUCAAAGUUCUUCAAAUUCUUUGGCAAUUUUAGCUGAUAAUAAAAGACAAGUGAUGUCACAAGCCAUUGGUGGAGCAAGCAGUUUAACACUCCUAUGGCCAGUGACAUGCAAAGCAAAGGGAAGAACAAGCCCCAAUUCCAAGGUUAAAACCGUGAAAUUGGUGGGUUUGGAGAAAGAAAAGUUGAAGCAGAAAGAUGGAGGGUUUGGAGAGACGAAGAAGAAGGAGCCUUUGUGGCAGUGUGUUCAAGAUUGUGGGGCCUGCUGCAAGCUUUCUAAGGGUCCCACUUUUGCCACCCCUGAAGAGAUUUUUGACAACCCUUCUGAUAUUGAGCUUUAUACAAGCAUGGUAGGUGCAGAUGGGUGGUGCAUACACUUUGAUAAGAGCACAAGGUCAUGCUCCAUAUAUGAAGAUCGGCCAUAUUUCUGCCGUGUGGAGCCAAAUAUCUUCGAGAAUUUGUAUGGAAUUACCAACAGAAAAUUUAAUAAGGAAGCUUGCAGUUUUUGUAAGGACACAAUUAAAGCAAUUUAUGGUGCUGAUUCAGAAGAGUUGGAUAGAUUCAACAAGGCUAUCAGAAGCUGAAAAGUCUAGUGCUGAUUGCUGAAAGCCUGAAAUGUUGUUACACUACUAUGUUUGCGAGGAAUGGAGGCGAUAAUAUUUAAUUCACUCUUAUGUUAUGGAAGAUGAGUAGAGUUAGAUUGACUAUGUGAGAGAAUGCAGUUUGCUCUUUGCUGGGAUAACCCUGCUUUCUGGGCUGGUGUGGCAGUGGCUGAUCAGCAUAUCAAUCAACUAUCUGGUGAGAAAUAUACAUAAUUUAUCACCAUCAUUGACUUUUUGCUCAUCGUGAAAGCUGAAGAAUCAGUGGGAUUGCAUAGCAUAGCAUGGUAAAGGUUAAUAUGUGCUUAACUAUGGAAGCAAAUUAUUGUAAAAAGAUAAUUGACAUCAAUAUUUUUAGGCCAAAAUGACAAGCAGAGCAUAGCCUGUAGCUGAUGCUGCUCUAGUCUAGUCUUGCAUUUGUUUUAUGCCUGUAGACAACCAUCUUGGCAAGUCUCUGCAUCAUUGACAUACAUUUCUAUCUAUCAGUUGCUUUGCACGAGCCUGCAGAGAAGAUGCGGCUGCAACUAUACCAGAUGAGCUAUUAGCUUCUAAGAUACAUGUAUAGUUUUGCCUGAUAGAUGGAUAAUGGCAAUUUGAUUGUUCCCUUAACUGCAAAAUGCCUUUAAGUCAAGGUCCUUUAGGCACACAACAACGUGUGGCUUGGACUUGAUAGCAAUCUUAUUCAACCCAAAAUUCAAUCUUAUUCAACAACAAACGUGGUUCUUGGCUUUCACAUUGUGGUAGGGUAGACCUUGAGAGUUGAGAGUUGAGAGUUGAGACCAAAAGGUGUAAAAGUGGUGAUCAUCUUGUUGUUCAAUGGAAGAUUGAAAGGCCAA